AUGAAAAUAGUAUUAUUGCUAUGCAUGAUGAUGGCUGUCUCUUUGGGAAUUUCAUCUAAAUUAAGUCAUGCUAAGAAGUUGGAAGAACUUCGUGGUAGUAAACUGGGCAAGACUAUUUUAAAUUUAGUGAAUCUUCAUUCUUCAGUAGAAGGUCCCAUUUCUGAAUUGAUAGAAGCAAUAGAAGAGUUAGUAAGAUCAACAAUAAUAAUAGAUAGCUGACAUCAACACCAAUAUUGAUGAAGUGGAAUACAAAUUUUAAGUACGCACAAAUGAGCACAAUUCCUAUGUGGCUCAGGUGGGAUAACAAUUACAAGAUGCUGAAUAAGAUAUUGCAAGAAUGAUUGAUGUCAUAGAUAAUUUAUUGAUUCCAAGAAGAGAUCAAAUAAGAAAUAAAAUUGAAUCCCUCAUUGAAUAUGAUGAAUUUAAUAGAAAAAACGUAGAUGAAACUACACUCCUUAGACAAUAAGAACAUGAGGCAUACCUUUAAUAAAUAGAGGAAGACAACGAUGCACUUGAUGCUAUUGACGAUGCCAUCAAUUUGGUAAGUUCUUUAUCAAAUCCAUCUUUGUUACAAAUCAAGAAUAUCAAAUUUACAUUGAAGAGAUUGUCAUCCAAAUAAUGGAAUCGUGUUCAUCAAGGACCUAUGGUACAAGCUUUGCUUUAGAUCGCAUUAAACUAAAAUUUUAGUGACUAAGGAAUAUUGAAACAGAUUGUAGAUGCAUUAAAUGAAUUCAGAAAUCAAGUUGUCGAAGCUAUGAAUGCAUUAACUAAACAAGAGUAAGUUAAUAAUGAAGAGUUUGAAGAAAGAUUAGAACAGUUGGAUAAUGAGCAUCGAGAAUUCCAGAGAUAAAUCAAUCAAGCUCAAGUGGAGUUGGAUGCUACAGAUCGUAAUUAUAUUUCACUAUUUAAUUGUAGAAAAACUAGAAGAUUGCAAUCAAUUCCUUGUUCAGAGAUAGGCUGACAGAUUAUAAUACAAAUCCCAAUUGGAUCUAGAAAAUGAAACCUAUGCUGUCGACACUGACAUACACACUCAAACUGCUAAUGAACUCCAAAGGGAAUUGCCUAUUGCAGAAUAAGGAUUAUCGCUAAUAAAAUCAGCCGAUUUUUCUGAUAUUAAGAUAUGAAUCAUAAUAAAUAAUUAUUUAUUUAA